AUGGGAAUGGACGGGCGGCCUGGGAAAAUCGUGCAGGACGAGUUCUUGAUAAGCUCCUGGGGCAGCCACGAGAUCUCUUUUUUCAUCGAUUUCAAAAACGACAGCAUAAACAUGACAAAAGACGACCAGCAAAACGCUUUCCUUACCGCCUUCAAAGUUUGGGAAGAGCAAACUUCGCUCAAAUUCCGCCAAAGUGCGAAGAAAGACGCUCAGAUCAAAGGUGCCCAUGGGGAUGAUUUUGACUUCGACGGCCGUGGACACACUCUGGCGCAUGCAUUCUACCCUGGCCAGAAAGGACGCUCGGGCCAAGUACACUUGGACGCUGACGAGAACUGGUCCCUCUACGGCUAUCAUGUCGGCGAGACCUCCUUAUUGAUGGUUACGCUUCAUGAAAUCGGCCACGCACUUGGGCUCGGACACUCUCUCGAUCCAGACUCCGUUAUGCGUCCUAUCUAUAAGGGAUAUUCAUGGGCUAAUCUCAAGCUUGGCGCGAAGGAUAUUGAUGGAGUCGAAAAAUUAUACGGCGAGGAUCCGAGCAAGUUCAAAAAUGACGGAAUCUUUAACUCCCGCCGUGCUUUCGAAGACGUUGACAUCUGUGGCGUCGUCUGGGAUGCAGUGCUCACUUGUCGAGGGGAAACUUUUUUCUUCUCUGACAGACGAAUGUGGAGAUUGAGUCCGACUGGUCAUUUCGUUCCUCCUCUGGCCAUGAAGAUUCACGAGUUCUGGGACGGUUUUCCUCAUAAUAAACCCGUCGAUGCUGCUUACGAGCGAUCGACAGACGGAGCACUGAUAUUCUUCUCCGAUGCAAAAGUUUAUAAGUUCCACGGGGCAAUGAUAAACGAGUCUUCUCCGGCGACGAUCGCUGAGUUUUUCAAUCUUCCGCCUGAAAUCGCCGUCCCAAAGAAGAUUGACGCCGCUAUUCAUUGGAAGAUGGAGCAGCUGACUUUUCUCUUCUUCAGGAGCUCCUUUUGGAAAAUAGACGAGUUUAAUGUGGAAAAGCCGCAGCUAUUGCAGAUCGGAAAACUAUCUGAGUCGAUUUGGAAAGAGCUUCCGUCGAAUAUGGACGCGGCAUUUGUCGACUCUUUGGAAGUGACCCAUUUUAUCAAGAGACGCAAGACCUGGGAAUUCAACAAGAUAGAACUCAAAGAGAGGCUACGGAGCGAGAAUGUGGCAGAAAAGUGGUUCCACUGCCCUAAGAAAGCUGUAUUUCUGGAUGCAGAGCUGACGAGCUCUGGAAAAAGAGAAAUCAAGGAGGACAACGAAGAGUCUGGUAUACUGAGCUGGUUCCGCCCGAACUCGAGCUUGAUUCUCGGCGCAUCUGUGCUUUUACAUUUCUUUGCAGCUGUCGCCUUCUAUUUGUAA